AUGAACGCCAAGAACAAGGCCGGUCCUGAAAAGUCUUUGCAAAAUCUUACCCUUUCCGAUCUUGUCUUUUCUUCUCAAGCAAACCAUAACUUCUCCCGCAUCCUGACGGACCUCAAAAAGUCCAAUCUUUCCAUCACGAAUCGCCUGCAAUCAGUCAAGCAGGAUGCAACAUUUGUCGCGCAUGUGGCUUCGGCAUAUGGCCGUCCUCUGAUCGCCAACGAGCGCUGCGGCAGCUGGUAUAUUCCCCCUUCAUCAAAAGGUGGCUCUGCCUAUUUCAAAAGCACAGAUGGCCAUGCUGGACAAUGGAAGUUCUCGACAAGGCGGCUCAAUUUGCACUUGUUGGAUACCAUUGGCAAAAGGGACGGCUGCAUCAUUGUGGACUCGACAAGGCGUGGCAAGCGCAUGCCCGAUGCCUUGAGCAAGACCAUCCCCAUAUGGUGUUGUGUACUCAACCGCGUACUCUUCCCCAAAGAUGAAGCCAGACAUGGCUUACAUACACCGCCCAAUGCAGUCUCGGCCUCUGAGCACGCUCAGAUGGAAGCUCGUAUACCCGAGUUCGUUGAGUCAUUCAGCGGCCUCGGGCUUGACAUCACAUCGUUGCAACAGAUUACGAAACCUCUCCGGCCCAUGUGGAUCACACAAGACACGCAACUUGUCGAAACAGACACCAUAUUUGAAGAUUACCAUCCAGUGAUCUGCUGUACGAGUUCGCGGCGAGUGGUGGGUACGGAAAUGAGUGAAGGUGGUUAUAUACAAGGUGCGGGCGAUGACACGGAGAACUGGGCGCAUGGCUUGACUGCACCCAUCUUCUGGGCCAACGCCGAGCAGUUGCUCUCAGCUCCCGAAGCAGAGCUCCCUGCCCUUAUUGAAUCGCUCGUAGAUGCAGUGUCCAAAGAAUCGACUGCACAAAAGCCACGACAAGUAGCACCUUGCUUAUUUGUUGCGCCGCUUACACAGGUAUAUGCUGCUUCCGAGUACAGCUGUGUUAUAUCUCUUUUGCCCAAAACUACGGAUCAAUCGGCGUGGGGGCAAAGUCCAGUGCAGAUGAAAGUUGGUCUUGGUAAGCACAAGGUUGCAAGUCGAAACUUGCGGUCUGCCCUGCCGCAAAUCUGCGAGUUUGUCAAGUCUGCUCUUGCAGCUUCAGAAAAGUGUGAACCAAAGGUACUCGUCCUCUGUGAGACUGGCAAAGACUUGUCUAUAGCAGUAUGUUUGGCACUGCUAUGCCAGUUCUUUGAGCAUGAUGGAAGCUUUAGCAGCUCAGAGGAGAGGAAAGACGUCAACAAAAAUGUCAUCAAGAUCAAGCUGAGUCGGAUCAUGACGGCGUUUCCCGAAGCCAAUCCCAGCAGAGCGACAUUACAAAGUGUCAACAGCUACUUCAUGGGCUAA